GUUUGACGCAGCCGGGCCACCGUACUUUGUUGUGUUUGUUGUUAGUGAAAGCAAAGAUGGCGAACGAGCUGGACAGAGUGAGAAUCUCAGCUGCGGAGCUCCGAGCUGAAGCGUCGACUUCAAUCAACAUAACUGACUCUCAGAAAGAGAAGCAACAGGAGCAUCACAUUCAUAAGCCGCAUAGGAAGUGUGAAGGAAAGCGUCCUGAACUGCAGCGCUACGAGCCAGUAGCUGGACAUGGACGUUGUCACCGUGACAGUGAGGAGGGAGAAGCUGGUCAAAGUGAUCCCCUGGCCAUUGAUUCACAUGACCAUGAUCAACCAUCACAGAGUGAGAAAAGGGGUGUCUCUGAAAAAGUUAUAGAGAGACAUAGGUGCACAGAUGGUGGGGCGGGCACCGACAAAAGGGAAGAAGACAGGAUGAGAGGUGACGGUAGUAACACUCAGAACUGUAGGAAAAUCACCCACUCACAGUCUAAAUCAGAAGCAAAUCAAGAGAAAGGCUUUGUUGAAGAUGACAGAGAACAGCAGGAACCUGCUGGAGCUGCUAAGCCGACACGGAAAACUCGUAAACCAGACCGAGAAUUCUAUCAACCUGGGAGCCGGAGGAGCAUCCAGGGAAAGGACUCUGGAGUUGGAAGAGAGGAGGAUAAGCCUCCCCCCAGGAAGGAUAAGCAGAAAACUGAGCCAGAAUCCCAGUUGAGUUCAGGAAAAAGGGAGGGGAACAAAACGACAUCUAUACAGCAGCAGGGAGGGCAAGAUAAAGAAGUAAAAGCUCUACCGGAAAACGUAAAAUUGUCUAAAUCCAGUGAGACAAACAGAAAGCAAGGAAGCCGAGAAGUGGAAAAAAAACCAUUACCCUCUGAUGCUUCUGUGGAGAUUAUUACUGGCAAAGUAGAAAAACUCAGCGUGAAAGAAAAGGGUCAAGUGGGGUGUGAAGGCCAAGCCGUUGAAGAGUUAAGCUGCAGGAGAGGGGAAACAACUGAUAAUGAAAGGAGAAGCCAAGGGGGAGGAACAAAAGAGGAGGACGAAAAGGUAGAGAAGAAGAGGGAGAAGGGAAACCGCAGGAGAAGGGGAGGUGAGAAGGAAAAAGAGAAGAAUCAGGAUUUCAGAAGAGGAGAAGAUCAAGCAGGUGGUGGAGGAAAGAGUGACCGGGGUAAAGCUGAGAUGGAAAGAGACAGGAGAGCAGCAGAAGCAGAUAGGGACAACAAACCUGUUAAGACGGGAGAGACGCACCAAAGCAAAGGAAGAGAGAAUCGCAGAGAAAGCAGAAGAGGAGACAACAACAACAACAACCGGUCCAGAGAUGCUGAGAAAGAUGCCAAGACAGAAAGAAAUGCAGACAGGGUUGUAGAAAGAGGCGAUAGAAACAAAUCCAAUGCAAACAUCACAACACCAACCUCAAAACGCUAUUCCAAAUCAGAUAUUCGGCGCUCACGGAAUCGAACUUACAGCAGUAGCUCAGCGAGCAGUGUGGCCAGCCUGGAUGGGCGUGGACUAGGGAAGGAUGUGGAGAGUACCAAAUGUCCACGCUUGGAGUCUAGGCACAAUAACAAAGAGGGGAUGGCUAAUAGUGGAGAAGGACGAAGGAGUCAUUUACAAAGCUGGACAACCAAUGGGGAAUCAUCUACAGAAUCCCUGGAAGGGAGCGAGAUGAGUGACAUAGCAGAAGAUAGAAGGAGGAGAAGAGGUGUGGAGGAAGAACUAAGUGCAGAGAUGCGGAGGGAAGAAAGGAACAGACCAAAGGGAAACAGAGGUGGAGGUCGGGGAAUCCUGAGGAUUUCUCUAGAAAAACAGUCAGGCACUGCGUCACAUAGUGGGGUGUCACAACAUCGCAAACCAGCCUUGGUUCCUCGUGGCAGAGGUGGGGGUAUCCUGGUGCUUCCAGCCCGCACAGACAUCUCUAAUUCACCUGAGGUUGGGCAAAGGCUUCUGUUUGGUGGAAUUAGGGGAGGAGGAGCUGGCAGGAGCAGAGGAGGCAGAGGAGGAGGAGUGAGACGACUCUGGGAUCCAAAUAACCCUGACCAGAAACCUGCUCUUACCGGCACCCAAUCUUCACAGCAUUUAUCUCUCCAACAGCCUGUGUAUCUUCAGACAGGGACUGGAUAUGGACAACUUCACUUUCUGGACACAGACGACGAUGUAGCAGGCAGUCCUCCGGUCCCGCAGGGUGAGCACUUUCGGUCCCAGCAGGCUGCUGCCAUGGCCUACUACAAAUUCCAAAACUCUGACAACCCCUACUGCUACCCCAUGCCCGCCAGCAACCCACAUAGUCCCAGCACCACCACCAGCCAGCGCUAUCCAUACCCUUAUCAUAUGGGGCCCUACCAAAUGGCUACCCCUAAUGGUAUGUACACGGGGCCUGGUGCGGGUCAGUGUUACAGGGGAGCAGGUUAUUCCCAGCCAGCUGCAGGAGGUAGUUUGACAUUAGAAGAGGUGGAGCAACAAGCCAGAGGGGAGCUGGGGAGGCUGCUGAGGGCUGCGGACACACAGGAGCUCCAGCUCAGUAACCUACUGUCCAGGGACAGAGUGAGUGCUGAUGGACUGGAUCGCAUGGCCAAGCUCAGAGCUGACCUUUUGGGGCUAUAUGAGCAGGUCAUCCUGACCGACAUCGACUACUCAGACUCGCAGAACGUGGAUCAGGCUCUCUGGAAGAAUGUCUUUUACCAGGUCAUAGAGCACUUCCGGCAGCUACUCAAAGACCCCACCAAUGACAACACCCCUCAUAUCAGAAACAUGCUGCUCACGCUGCUUGAUGAGGGAGCGCUAUUCUUUGAUGCGCUGCUUCAGAAGCUGCAGACAGUGUACCAGUUUAAGUUAGAGGACUACAUGGACGGCAUAGCUAUCAGGGCUCGGCCAUUACGCAAAACGGUGAAGUAUGCACUCAUCAGUGCUCAGCGCUGCAUGAUUUGUCAGGGAGAUAUAGCACGUUACCGGGAACAAGCCAGUGACUCGGCCAACUAUGGCAAGGCUCGCAGCUGGUACCUGAAAGCCCAGCAGAUUGCCCCCAAAAAUGGACGACCAUACAACCAGCUGGCCCUGCUGGCAGUUUAUACAAAGCGGAAGUUGGAUGCUGUGUAUUAUUACAUGCGCAGCUUGGCAGCUUCCAACCCCAUCCUGACUGCAAAGGAAAGCCUGAUGAAUCUGUUUGAGGAAGCUAAGCGCAAGGCAGAGCAGCUUGAGCGAAGGAGGACGCAGGAGCAUGAAGGAGGCUCCAGAGGCCCAGCAGUAAGAGGAAGAGGAAGAGGGGAAGAUGGAGCACGUGUGGAGAUUUGGGUUCGCCCCAGCGGACAAGCGGCGACCCCAUCCUCUCAGAGAGGAGGUAGUGAAUCCAGCAGAGACUCUGAACAGGACGGAGAGCUGGGCAGUCUCAGCGCUAGUGAUCUAAAUAAGAGAUUCAUUCUGAGUUUCCUGCAUGCACAUGGAAAGCUCUUCACUAAAGUUGGCAUGGAAUCCUUCCCUGGAGUGGCGAACCGCGUUCUGCAGGAGUUCAAGACGCUGCUUCAGCAUGGCCCUUCCUUACUGGGCAGCACGCACAUGCUGCAGAUCAUCACCAUCAACAUGUUCACCAUACACAAUGCCCACAGCAGAGGUGAAGAAGGAGAUGUGCGGUCCGUCUUACAAGAGCAAAGCACGGCCCUGGGUCUGGGCAUGUUCGCCCUGCUGGUGCAGCGCUGCACAGACCUGCUCAGGGACACUCCUACAGAACCAGUCCCCAUAGCAGACGGAGAGGAGGAGGGUAAAGGGGAAGCGCUGGAGGGUAUGGUGAGGGUCUCUGCCUUCCCAUUGGACCUUAGAGAACUACUGCCCAGUAUCAAGGUCUGGUCUGACUGGAUGUUGGGACAACCGGACCAGUGGAACCCACCACCGUGCAGUAUAGAUGGUGGCUUUUUCUCUGCAUCAAGGUGCAGCCCUGAUGUUUGGCAGUGCCUGGCUGACCUGUGUAACGUGCUGGCGCGUGUGGACCACGAGGAAGUGCCGCUGUAUAAAGCCGACACUGAAGAAGUCGAGGGAGAUGAGGAGUUGACUGUGCUGCAACUGAAGGAGGACAGGCUGCUUGCUGGCUUUGUACCACUGCUUGCUGCACCACAGGAGCCGUGUUACACAGACGGACACACUGAAAUGGCAAUAGCAGCAGAUUGUAAGAGAGUGACGGUGCUGAAGUACUUUCUGGAGGCUUUGUGUGGACAGGAAGAGCCUCUGUUGGCUUUCAAGGGAGGCAAAUACAUCUCUGUGGCAACUUCUCCACCUAACCACUCAAAUGAUACAAGGAGCAGGCAGGAUUCUGUAACCGAAAAAGAGGCUGACGAUGUCAUAGUCGAGGCAGAGUCGUCUCUCUCCGCAUCAGAAGGAGAGGAGGAGGCGGGAGACAGUGAGAACGACAUCAGACAGCUGAAGGCGCGACGCCAUGUCCUCACCAACAAACUGGCACAGCAACAGAAGCGCAGGGAUAAAAUACAGGCGGUGCUGCAGACAGGCGGGCAGUUGGAGCUGGAAGUGAGGCCUCUCUUUCUGGUUCCAGAUACCAAUGGAUUCAUUGAUCACCUGGGAGGGUUAAAGAGACUCCUUCAGUGUGGAACAUACAUAAUAGUUGUGCCACUUAUCGUGAUUACAGAGUUAGACGGCUUGGCUAAAGGCCAGGACAACUUCGGUGGAGGACUGGGGUCAGGAGGACGCAGCACUGGCGGUCGUGGCAACUAUAACGUUAGUGCGGCCCAUGUGCGGGCCGUGCAGGAGAAGGCCCGGUUGGCAGUGGCGUUCCUAGAGAAAGGAUUUGAAGCCAGGGAACCGUACCUCAGAGCCCUGACGAGCAGAGGAAAUCAACUCGAGUCUAUUGCCUUCCGCAGUGAAGACACCUCUGGACAGCAGGGUACCAAUGAUGAUGUGAUUCUGUCCUGCUGCCUCAACUACUGCAAAGACAAGGCGAAAGAUUUCAUGCCUGAUCAGAGAAAUGGGACAGUGAGGCUGCAAAGGGAGGUGGUACUCCUUACCGAUGACCGUAACCUGCGCGUCAAAGCUCUGACCCGCAACGUCCCGGUCCGAGACAUCCCUGCUUUCCUCAGCUGGGCCAAAGUGGGCUGAACCAGGCGAAGCUCGAAUCAAAGGAACCCAACUGCUGAAGCCUGCUUGCCACUCAGCCACGAGAGAAGACACACUUAAGCAGAGAAAGAGGAGGAGGAGGAGGAGGAGGAGGUAACAGGGGAGAGGAAAUGACUAAGAAAGCGUAGAACCACUUCUUAAGAAAUACAAACAAAUGUAGUGAGAGCAGGGUGGUUUCAAUGAGCUUUUUUCCCCCCUUGUGAUGAAGUGUGUGUGUGUGUGUAUGUGUUAAGAUCAGUGAGCUUCCCCGGAAAGAGACAGGGAGACUUGACGUAGUCUCAGGAAGGCUGGACUGGAAGGGAGGAAGGAGAUAAAAAUGAAGUGAUUGGAUUUGUAAGUUGUCUGGUCCGGCCUUGAGCCUCUGCGCCUAGUUGGUGAGUGUGUACUCUACAAGCAGUGUGAAAAUUUGAGUCUGAUGAUAGAAAGAGAGAGGGAGAGUGUUAAUGAUCAUUUAAUUGAUUAAAGACACCAGUAAUGAAAACCAUAACUGGCACCUCCACACUUCUCUUAGGGCCCAGUCGCAUAGACUGCUUUGUCCUCUGCAGCAGAGCUGAGAUAAAGGUAGACGGAGAGAAGCACAGCUGGAGGGUUUCUGUCAGUCCAGUAAAAAGUGUCUGAUUGUAGUGAGGGUUAAUCGAGCCCUCGUGCACCUUCAGCACCUCCAAGGAAUUCCAUACAGGUAUAGUGUUUCCUGCUAACCCAGGAAGCGCUUGAUGCUUGUUUGGUAACUUGGGUUGUUCCUCCAGCUUGAUGCUAAUAUUAAGUUUGCAAGGAAAUGUUUUGAAAAAGUCAACAAAAAACAUUUCAUAUUUAUUUUCUGUUUUUCCUUGUUUUGAGCACAUGUGUGUAAAAAACGUUUUGCUUCCUUCUCGGAGCCCAUUUCUCUAUUGAUAAUAAGCAUCUGCAAAGUUUUCCCAAGAACAGAACCAUAAAUUUAUGAUUACAGUUGUUUGUUUUUAAGAGAUCUGGGUGCAAAUGUAUUUGUAAAUAAUGAUUUGUUUCUGUUUUUGAGCAGCAAAUGCAUGAAAUUUGAUAUAUCAAGAGUUGGUUUGUAGUGAGUUUUCAGUUCCAGAAAAUGUUGCGACAUUUGGUGCCUUCAAAUGAAACUCGUGAGCUCGUGUACUUGUGCGUGUGCUUGGCGUUUAAGUGGUUAAAUCGUGAGAACACCGCUGCUAACAAACGGCAAUAUUGACGUUACUGACGGCAUCUAGAAGCCACAGAGGCUAACAAUUUAGCAAGCUAGCAAGUGGGCAACAUAAUGCAGGAAAUGCAAAAGCAUAAUGACAGAAGAAAAAGAUGCGGCCGUUGGGAAUAUCCACAUUUUCCUCAGACAUAUUAUAAAAUUACGAAGAAUUUAAAAUAUACGACUGAAAUUACAAUUUAUUCCAAGGCCUCCGCCAUUUCUGACAACGUCAACAAACAAGUCACAAGUCGUGAACUCGGAGCUUUCAGAAACUUUCCACUAGGUUGUGAAUACCACAAGAGGGGGGCGUUCAUAUGGACUCUUCUCUCGAACACGGUAAACAUUAACCCAUUUGAAGGCACCAAUUGACUCUGUCUUUAUGGGAUUUAGCCCUUUGAGCGAAAUUCCACCCCUCUAUCAUUUAAAACAAAACCACAUGAAACAAAAAUUUGCAAAUAAUGUUUGACCCAGGUCUGCUUUAGACAGCCACGAUGUUCGGAGAAGGUUUGGUCCUUGACGUUGACUUUCAGAUCUUUAUUAUCAAGUACCACCGGUGACUAUUUCACUUUAUUUUCUAUUCAUCUUUACAGUACGCUCUUCAGUUCAUACCACCACAGCAGUUUUCCUUUUCAUAAAAUGUUUUUGAAACCUCUUCAGAGUGUGAUUUUCCUUCACUCUUUUUCAAGGUCACUUUUCUUUAGUUGAAAUAAGAUACAUGAGGUAUACCAGCACAGAUUACAGCCUGUACAGUUUCCAUCACGUUAAAGCAACACCUCACUGAUACAUUGUCAACAAACCUUUUAACAUAAGGUAGUAUUUGUGUUUUUGCUCGCUCUGUAUUGCUUUAGGAGACACUUUCAGGAGGUUUUGGAGUUGUGUUUUUUUCUGUGUGCAUUUGAGAUGGGGCUCAAAAUAAAUGUAAUCCUCACCUGUGUUCUCUUGUUGUGUUGCAUCAUCAUACACAAUUCAUCAUUCACUUGUCACAGUUUGAUGAUAUGGAUUUAGAAUAUGUAGAAGUGGCUACCGUGCUUUGUAUUUGUCCUCUACCUUUGCAGCUAGACUCGUAAGACCUCCGUCAGCAGUUGAUGUUCUGGUGCUACUGUGGUGUUCAGUGCAAUGUACUGUGUUAAAUAGCUCGACUGCAGUGUUUUAUUGUUGGAGCAAAUGUAGUAAAUACAUAGUCAGUUUAACACACAUUACAUUGUCAUCGUCCGUCAUUAAAAAUGUUUGAAGGCA